AUGAUGCGCCCAGACCCUUUGUUGCAAAAUAGAGUCAACUGUAGUGUCCAAAGGGACGAACUAUAUCAAGGGAUCACGUCUCAAGAUGAAACGCCAGUCAAACAGCCUAUACAAUACAGAGGAAAAAAGCAGAGUCAGCAAACCAGUCAGAAACCAGCUAAAGCAAGUAGCACAAAGGCUCAAAACGCAAGAGAAGAACCAGACCUUAAACUGCUGGAACAGCGAAACGCAACAAAGCCGCCAACGGAGUGCAGUUCACUAAAGUGA